AUGCGCUCCAGCCUGGCCGUGCUGUCUGGGAUAAUGGCCAUCGCAGGCGGCACCGGCCUUGCCUCUGUGUGGAUUGUCCGCUCCUGGCGCACCGUGCUCCUGACAUGCCUGGCUCUUCUCAUCGCCCUCGCCAUCUUCACUACUGCACGCCAUGUGCAGCUGCUUCAACGCCGCCGCUCAAGGCAAUGGCCCCAGCCUCCGCGGCGCGCUGACGGACCCUCUGCCCAGCGGCCAUCGCACGACUACUACCUGUUCGUCCUCGGCUCAGGGGGCCAUACCAAGGAAAUGCUCAUGAUGAUGGACGACGGCUUCUGCGCCUUCGCCAACUUCCAUCGCCGCUAUCUCAUCUCCAGCGGCGACCGCAUGUCCCGCCACCACCUCCAAGACUACGAGGAGCAGCUCGAGCAACUGUGUCGCGCCGCCGAGUCCUCGCCCGGCACCCACGACACGCGCACCGUCACCCGCGCCCGCCGCGUUCACCAGUCUCUCUGGACGACGCCCUUUACCUCCCUCGUCAGCAUCGUCGACAUAUUUUCCGUCCUCUUGUCGCCCCCGGCCAACGAAGCCGGCCGCCGACUGCGGUAUCCGAGGCUCAUCCUCUCCAAUGGGCCCGCCACCGGCUUCUUCGUCGCCCUGGUAGCCCAUGUGCUCAAGGUCUUCUUCAUCGUGCCCGAGGACUGCAUGCGUUUUGUCUACAUCGAGUCGUGGGCACGCAUCUCCACGCUGAGUCUGACGGGGAAGCUCCUGUUGUACACGGGCAUCGCCGACGCCUUGUACGUGCAGCACCAACAGGUUGCUGCCAUGUACGGGCUGGUCAACGCCGGGGAAAUGGUCUUCAACUCGAGACGGCCAGAUGCGUAG